GCCCGUGGCCGACGGGCGGUCUCAGGAGCUGGGCACUGCACCUGUCAGGUGAGAGGGUGGAGAGGCUCCGCUGCCAGAUUUAACUGGAAAGGAACCAGUCACAGCCCAGCCACACCUGGGAGCCGGGAGCAGGAGGCAGCUCCGGCCUCCUGCAGCCCGCGGUCCCCGAGGCAGAGAAGGAGGUAGCAGGGAGCUGGAGGGCCAGGGCUAGAGCCCAGAGAAGAGGACCCAGGAGGAGACAGGGAAGGCAGGGGAGGAAGUGAGAGAGCCUGGCACAGAGAGGGAGACCCAAAGAGAAGCGGGAGUCAGCUGGGCCAAGAGGGCGUGAAAGCUGGAGCGAGUCGAACAGUCCGGGAGGAAAAAAAAAAAAAGGGCAAGAGGGAGAGGCGCUAAGCCAGGCAGGGUGCCUGCUGUGGAGACCCAGGAAGGCGCUAGCGGGCAAACGAAGGAUCCCUGUGAAGCUCUGUGGCCACCCCAGUGAAGCUCAGUGCUGCCUGGUUGGCCCCAACUCCAGAAGAUCAGCUGGCUCCUGGAGAGGUGGAGGAGGGUGGGAGGACUGAGGAAGAGUGAACUCAGCGUGGGAUGCAGGCACGGUCAGGGGCAGCCCCAUUCUGCCUUCAUGCUAAUGAUGCUGGACCACACCAGAGCCCCUGAGCUCAACCUUGACCUAGACCUUCACGUCCCCAACUCACCUAAGGGAUCCAUGAAGGGCAACAAUUUCAAGGAGCAAGACCCUUGUCCUCCUUUGCCCAUGCAAGGACUGGGGAAGGGGGACAAGCGUGAAGAGCAAGGGCUGGACCCGGAACCCCCAGCGCCCCGGCAGCCCACCGAAGAGGAGGAGGCACUGAUCGAGUUCCACCGCUCCUACCGGGAGCUCUUCCAGUUCUUCUGCAACAAUACCACCAUCCACGGUGCCAUCCGCCUGGUGUGCUCCAAGGACAACCGCAUGAAGACGGCCUUCUGGGCAGUGCUCUGGCUUUGUACCUUCGGCAUGAUGUACUGGCAGUUCGCCCUGCUGUUCGAGGAGUACUUUAGCUACCCCGUGAGCCUCAACAUCAACCUCAAUUCAGACAAGCUGGUCUUCCCUGCCGUCACUGUGUGCACCCUUAACCCUUACAGAUACACUAAAAUUAAAGAGGAGCUGGAAGAGCUGGACCGCAUCACGGAACAGACGCUUUUUGACCUGUACAAAUACAACUCUUCCUACACUCGCCAGGCUGGGGACCGCCACCGCAGCACCCGUGACCUCCGGGAUGCUCUCCCACACCCCCUGCAGCGCCUGCACACACCACCUCCGCCCUACCCCGCCCGCUUGGCGCGCAGCGCAUCUUCCAGUGUCCGCGACAACAAUCCCCAAGUGGACAGGAAGGACUGGAAGAUCGGCUUCCAACUGUGCAACCAGAACAAAUCAGACUGUUUCUACCAGACGUACUCAUCUGGGGUGGAUGCCGUGAGGGAGUGGUACCGCUUCCAUUACAUCAACAUUCUGUCCAGGCUGCCCGACACCUCGCCCGCUCUGGAGGAAGAAGCCCUGGGCAACUUCAUCUUUACCUGUCGCUUCAACCAGGCCCCCUGCAAUCAGGCGAAUUAUUCUCAGUUCCACCACCCCAUGUAUGGGAACUGCUACACUUUCAACAACAAGAACAACUCCAAUCUCUGGAUGUCUUCCAUGCCUGGAGUCAACAAUGGUUUGUCCCUGACACUGCGCACAGAACAGAAUGACUUCAUCCCCCUGCUGUCCACAGUGACGGGGGCCAGGGUGAUGGUGCAUGGUCAGGAUGAGCCUGCCUUUAUGGAUGAUGGUGGCUUCAACUUGAGGCCUGGUGUGGAGACCUCCAUCAGCAUGAGAAAGGAAGCCCUGGACAGCCUCGGAGGCAAUUAUGGAGACUGCACUGAGAACGGCAGCGAUGUCCCUGUCAAGAACCUCUACCCUUCCAAGUACACGCAGCAGGUGUGCAUUCACUCCUGCUUCCAGGAGAACAUGAUCAAGAAGUGUGGUUGUGCCUACAUCUUCUACCCUAAGCCCAAGGGCGUAGAAUUCUGUGACUACAGAAAGCAGAGUUCCUGGGGCUACUGCUACUAUAAACUGCAGGGUGCCUUCUCCUUGGACAGCCUGGGCUGUUUCUCCAAGUGCCGGAAGCCUUGCAGUGUGACCAACUAUAAGCUCUCUGCUGGCUACUCACGAUGGCCAUCUGUGAAGUCCCAGGAUUGGAUCUUCGAGAUGCUGUCCUUGCAGAACAAUUACACCAUCAACAACAAAAGAAAUGGAGUUGCUAAACUCAACAUCUUCUUCAAGGAGCUGAACUAUAAAACUAAUUCAGAAUCUCCCUCUGUCACGAUGGUCAGCCUCCUGUCCAAUCUGGGCAGCCAGUGGAGCCUGUGGUUCGGCUCAUCCGUGCUGUCUGUGGUGGAAAUGGCGGAGCUCAUCUUUGACCUCCUGGUCAUCACACUCAUCAUGCUACUGCACAGGUUCCGGAGCCGGUACUGGUCCCCAGGUCGAGGGGCCAGGGGUGCCAGGGAGGUGGCCUCCACCCCAGCUUCCUCCUUCCCUUCCCGUUUCUGUCCCCACCCUACAUCCCCACCACCUUCUUUGCCCCAGCAGGGCAUGACCUCUCCCCUGGCCCUGACAGCCCCUCCGCCUGCCUAUGCUACCCUAGGCCCCUCUGCCCCUCCACUGGACUCUGCAGUGCCUGACUCUUCUGCCUGUGCUCUGGCAGCGCUCUGAGAGUGCUCCUCUCACCCAGGCCAGUGCUCCCUUCACUUCAGCACACCCUACACAGCUGCCCAGCUGUCUUUGGUGUGCCUGAAGGAACAGGCUAAAUAAGCAAAGGGCCCAGGAAGUUGUCCAGAGGACAGGGGCUAAUGAGCUGCUCGGAGCUGCCCUGCCCCUGCGUCUGAACACUGCUUUCCACACAAGCACGGACAAGUCCCCUUUACCCUUGGAUCAGCCAAGCCAAACUUGGAGCUUUGACAAGGAACUUUCCUGGGAAACGACCAACGAACAAAUAUAAACAAGGCUCAGAGAAGCGGCCACAGCGUUCCUACCCCAUGACCAGAGACUGGCCUGGCCUCACUGCCUUCAAGGACACAGAUGUCUGCUCCCCUCCUUGAACUUGGGUGGGGAACCCCACCCAAAAGCCCCCUUGAUAGUUCUUUGGCAAUUCCCCUUCCUUCACUCCUCAGGGUGGGGGCUAAAGUAAGAUGAGGGUAGGCCUGGCACCAUUGCUUUUGUGAACUCAGUCACCCUAUCCUGUCUCCCCCAGAAUUGCCCCCCUCUCCCCUCAUCCCCACAGUGUACUGUCUUAUCUAUUUACAUUCGCUUGUGUCUGCCUCCCAGGGUAGACUGAACUGUGGCCAGGGAUGAGUUUUGCUCAUUUUUGUAUCCUUCCAGUCUAGCCCAGUAUCCCACUUGGAACAGGCAGGUACUCACUCAAUAAAUGCUUGUUCCGCUAAA